CCUGCCAGACACCUGUGCCCUCCUGCAGCCACCUGCUGCUGCUGCCGCUGCAGCCGCCAGCAUGUUGGGCCCAGAUGUCAGGACGCCCUCCACCAUCCAGAUCAUGCAGCCAGAUGACACCAACAUAGCCAGCAAUGUCCACGGGGGGACCAUCCUGAAGAUGAUCAAGGAGGCGGGUGCCAUCAUCAGCACCUGGCAAUGCAACAGCCAGAACGGGGAGCGCUGUGUGGCCACGCUGGCUCAGGUUGAGUGCACCAACUUCCUGUCGUCCAUGUGCAUCGGGGAGGUGGCCCACGCCAGCGAGGAGAUCACCUCUACCUCUAAGCACUUGGUGGAGGUGCAGGUCAACGUGUUGUCUGAAAACAUCCUCACAGGUGCCAAAAACCUGACCAGUAAGUCCACCCUCUGGUAUGUGCCCCUGUGGCUGAAGAAUGUGGACAAGGUCCUUGAGGUGCCCCCUGUGGUGUAUUCCCGGCAGGAGCAGGAGGAGGAGGGCUGGAAGCGAUAUGAAGCCCAGAAGCUGGAGCACAUGGAGACCAAGUGGAGGAACCGGGACAUUGUCCAGCCAGUCCUCAACCCAGAGCCGAACACUGUCAGCUACAGCCAGUCCAGCUUGAUUCACCUGGUGGGGCUUUCAGACUGUACCCUACAUGGCUUUGUGCAUGGAGGCGUGACCAUGAAGCUCAUGGACGAGGUCGCUGGGAUUGUGACUGCACGCCACUGCAAGACCAACAUCGUCACAGUCGUGGACAACAUUAAUUUCCACGACAAGAUCAGAAAAGGCUUCGUCAUCACCAUCUCAGGACGAAUGACCUUCAUGAGCAAUAAGUCCAUGGAGAUCGAGGUCUUGGUGGAUGCCGACCCUGUUGUGGACAGCUCUCAGAAGCGCAACCGGGUGGCCGGUGCCUUCUUCACCUACCUGUUGCUGAGCCAGGAGGGCAGGUCGCUGCCCGUGCCCCAGCUUGUGCCCGAGACCGAGGACGAGAAGAAGUGCUUUGAGGAAGGCAAAGGGCAGUACCUGCAGAUGAAGGCGAAGCGACAGGUCCACGCGGAGCCCCAGCCCUAGACACCCUCCUCCCGCUGUAGCCAUGGCAACAGGCCCAGCAUCCAGUCACUUAGAAGAUACCCCCUUGGCCAGAAACCCAAUUCACAUUGAGAGCUGGUGUUGUCUGAAGUUUUUGUAUCACAGUGUUAACCUAUAUUCUCUCCUGCAAACCUACACACCAAAGCUUUAUUUAUAUCAUCCCAGUGUUGAUGCUACAGUGUUGUCCCAAGUGCCGGGAGGCAUUCCAUGGAAACCCUCAGGAAUGCUUCCAAGCACACUGUAAGGUAUGGGGAGAACCCAGCACCACUAAUAAAGCUGCUGCUUGCUUGGGAAAAAAAAAA